CUUGUCAAAUUCAGCUCUUCUAAAGUGAAUUAUCUUCCCGCAUGCCACAAUUCCACAGAUGUCUACCAAGGCACCCAGUAUAUGCCCAAGCCUGGGGGUGGAGGAGGGGUGCCACCUGGGAGUCGAGAAAACAUCGGGAUAUGUCGAAGCAGUAGUGUCAGCAGUGGAUGUAGUGGAUCUGGAGGCAAGAUAAUGUCCCUGUCGUCUAUGAAUGAGAGUGUCCGCAGUGGCCUGAGCUGCUUCUUGUCAGAGCAAGCACUGGAGCAGGAAGAAAGACAGCAGCGCAGCAGCCAGUUAGCAGAGUUCCAGCGUCUGAGGGAGGUUCGUGCAGCUGCUCAGCACAAAAACCUGGAGGAUUUCCUUAGGAUGAACCAUGUUUCACUCAGGGAGAGCAUGUCUUAUGCCACUGGCAUGACUUACAGAAAUCUGGGCAAAUCAGGGCUGAGGGUUUCCUGUCUUGGAUUAGGCACGUGGGUUACCUUUGGAGGCCAGAUAACAGAUGAGGUAGCAGAGGAGCUGAUGACUCUGGCAUAUGAGAAUGGCAUCAAUCUGUUCGACACAGCUGAAGUGUAUCAUGCUGGAAAGGCUGAAGCUGUUUUGGGAAGUAUCAUAAAGAAGAAAGGAUGGAGGCGUUCCAGUUUAGUUAUCACCACCAAAAUCUUCUGGGGAGGAAAGGCAGAAAUGGAAAGAGGAUUGUCUAGAAAACAUAUCAUUGAAGGUCUAAGAGCAUCACUAGAAAGACUUCAGCUGGAGUAUGUGGACGUGGUUUUUGCGAAUCGACCUGAUCCUAACACACCUAUAGAAGAGACGGUGAGGGCAAUGACCCAUGUGAUCAAUCAGGGGAUGGCCAUGUAUUGGGGGACGUCACGGUGGAGCUCCAUGGAGAUCAUGGAGGCGUACUCAGUGGCACGACAGUUCAACCAGAUCCCACCUAUCUGUGAACAGGCGGAGUACCACAUGUUCCAGAGGGAGAAGGUUGAGGUGCAACUCCCUCAACUCUUCCACAAGAUAGGUAUUGGAGCUGUGACAUGGUCUCCACUGGCCUGUGGGAUCAUCUCAGGGAAGUAUGACAUCGGGAUCCCCCCCUUUUCACGUGCCUCGCUUAAGGGUUAUCAGUGGAUGAAGGACCAGAUCCUGAGUGAGGAAGGGCACCGUCAGCAGGUGAAGCUGAAAGAGCUGCUGGCAGUUGCUGAGCAACUAGGCUGCACUCUGCCCCAACUGGCGAUUGCCUGGUGUCUGAGGAACGAAGGAGUGAACUCUGUCCUGCUGGGAGCUUCAAGAAUUGAGCAGCUGAUGGAAAAUAUCAGAGCGAUACAGGUUCUUCCAAAGUUAUCGCUGUCCAUCGUGAAUGAGGUGGAGAGCAUCCUGGGAAACAAGCCCUUUAAUAAAAAGGACCUCAGAUCCUAGAAGCACCGCUGGACUGAACUGUCACUGUCGUCUGAUUUUGAAAAGGCUUCCAAUGAAUGAGACACAACAACACACGGGUAAUAUGUAGCUUGAUCACAGCUGCACUUAUUGUCACUCAAUAAUAAAGUUCUACAACAUUCUCGUAGUAGUUGGACCAUCUCACCCUCAAGGAAAAUGAAACACUUUUCUGAUCAGCGGAGCCACUGAUGCCCUAAUGUUUACUAGCUAAUUGUUGUGUAAGUUGCAACUUGGUGUAUCAAAGUACAGUCUUCUUCACUGUCUACAGAUUGUUGCAUCAACAUUUCACUAAGAGUGAAACUUACAAAAUGUAUGUGUGCAGUUAAACACAUGUAUUCAGCACAAAGCAUUAAGGUGUGAUGCACCAGCUUUUCAGUGUAUAUAUCAGUGUAUAUUUACAAUAUAUUUGGGCAUAUAUAGUCUUUCUUGUGCUAAAUAUGUUUAUUUAGGACUUGUGCUGGUUUUAGUCACUGUAGGCAUUUGAUUAGUUACUUUUAUAAAGUCUUAUUUUAGUC